GCCGAUCGUUGUUGUUCGCGAACGAUUCAUCCCCACUAACCAUGGAGUCCGGGGUAUUGACAACAUGAUAUAAAGAGCGAAACGGAAGGGAGCUUUACACUAUAACACAAUCCCUUUUUUUUUUUUUUCAUAAGAGUUUACAGUGGGAAAAUAAAAACAUGUGAGAGAAAAGGGUAACGCAAUCAACUGGAAGAACGGACUAGAACGGCUCGGUAGAACGAAGAGGAGGCAGGACUGAGCGAUUUAGGUGGUGCCUCCGUAACAAAAGCGAACUAGUUAGCAUUUCGCGCUAGCUAACGUCAAUGAACGCUGGCUUGGGGGUGUUGAGUUGCUUGCCAAAGUACAAUGUUUACUCAAGGUACUGAACUCUGUGGUGGGCCCCUUAGCUACUAGCUAGCCGGUAUUUCCUGAGUUGGGAGUGUACGGAACAUGAAAUUGUCCUCGCCAGUGCCAUACUGAUCCCCUUGGUAACGGGAACAGAACCGUUUUCUUUCUACCUCAUCCGUGAUGACAGAGGUGGGAGUGAAGUGGGCCUGCGACUACUGCACCUAUGAGAACUGGCCUUCCGCUGUUAAGUGCACCAUGUGUCGUGCACAGUGUCCCAGCAGUCCCAUAAUCACAAAGGAGACCUACAAUAGCAGCCCCAGCAGUCUUAGUACGGAGCCUGGUUGUGGCUGGCAGGACCCUCCAAGCCCCGAGGGAAGCUGCGGUAGCCUCCUAAUCUACCCAGACUCCAGUGCCAGGCCCCGUGUCAAGCCCCCCAGCAUGGCUGAGAAUAGCUCCAAGUGGUCCUGUCACAUGUGCACCUACCUGAACUGGCCUCGUGCCAUCCGCUGUACCCAGUGUCUGUGUCAGCGCAACCAAAGGACCCCCUGCAGCCCCACGGAGGCCCCCCAGACAUCAGGCACCAACGUGGGCUACCGCCCAGCCCCUCCCCCUAUGGACCCUUGUACAGAGGAGUACAACGACCGGAACAGACUCAACAGACUCAACACCCGAGGUGGAGGUGGUGGUGGCGGCAGUAGCAGCGGGCAGCACUGGACUUGCACUGCCUGUACUUACCAGAACUAUCCCAAGACCCGGAAGUGCAUCGUCUGCGACCACCCCCAGCCUCAACGUAACAACCGGGAGGCUAUUCCUAUAGAGCUGGCUGGGCAGUCCGAGGAGGCUCCCUCCUCCACAUCCUCAAUCAUCAAUGAACAGGACAGAGACGGGGCCAGGUGGAGAGGGAGUGGGGUGAGCAGUAAGGGGCUGAGCGGGAGACAGGGACCGGGACUGAGGAUGACCUCUCCACCCACCUCUAAGAGGGAGGCGGAGGUAAAGAUGGAUUUCCAGAGGAUUGAGCUGGCGGACGGGGCGAUGGGCAGCGGAGAGGAGCAGCAUCACCAUCCAGAGAACAUUGAUUUCAAGAAGACCAAACAGAUUAAGAACAGGAUGAGGAAAACGGACUGGCUGUUCCUCAAUGCUUGUGCAGGUGAGUGAGUGGUUAUUAUAGGAUGUAAAUUAGUGUUACUGUACAUAAAGUCCUGUCUGAAUGGACAUUACACAGACACAAGAUCAGGUGAAAAUGAAUGGAACACUCUCGUUCCUGAGUUCACCCUGGUUGUCACUAACUGGCCACGCUGUAGUAGUUCACCCUGGUUGUCACUAACUGGCCACUCUGCAGCAGUUCACCCUGGUUGUCACUAACUGGCCACGCUGCAGCAGUUCACCCUGGUUGUCACUAACUGGCCACGAUGCAACAGUUCACCCUGGUUGUCACUAACUGGCCACGCUGCAGUAGUUCACCCUGGUUGUCACUAACUGACCACGUAGUUCACCCUGGUUGUCACUAACUGGCCACGUAGUUCACCCUGGUUGUCACUAACUGGCCACGUAGUUCACCCUGGUUGUCACUAACUGGCCACGUAGUUCACCCUGGUUGUCACUAACUGGCCACGUAGUUCACCCUGGUUGUCACUAACUGGCCACGUAGUUCACCCUGGUUGUCACUAACUGGCCACGUAGUUCACCCUGGUUGUCACUAACUGGCCGCGCUGCAGCAGUUCACCCUGGUUGUCACUAACUGGCCACGCUGCAGCAGUUCACCCUGAUUGUCACUAACUGGCCACGCUGCAGUAGUUCACCCUGGUUGUCACUAACUGGCCACGCUGCAGCAGUUCACCCUGGUUGUCACUAACUGGCCACGUAGUUCACCCUGGUUGUCACUAACUGGCCACGCUGCAGCAGUUCACCCUGGUUGUCACUAACUGGCCACGCUGCAGCAGUUCACCCUGGUUGUCACUAACUGGCCACGUAGUUCACCCUGGUUGUCACUAACUGGCCACGCUGCAGCAGUUCACCCUGGUUGUCACUAACUGGCCACGUAGUUCACCCUGGUUGUCACUAACUGGCCACGCUGCAGCAGUUCACCCUGGUUGUCACUAACUGACCACGCUGCAGUAGAUCACCCUGGUUGUCACUAACUGGCCGCGCUGUAGUAGUUCACCCUGGUUGUCACUAACUGGCCACGCUGCAGUAGUUCACCCUGGUUGUCACUAACUGGCCACGCUGCAGUAGAUCACCCUGGUUGUCACUAACUGGCCACGCUGCAGUAGUUCACCCUGGUUGUCACUAACUGGCCACGCUGCAGCAGUUCACCCUGGUUGUCACUAACUGGCCACGUAGUUCACCCUGGUUGUCACUAACUGGCCACGCUGCAGUAGAUCACCCUGGUUGUCACUAACUGACCACGCUGCAGUAGUUCACCCUGGUUGUCACUAACUGGCCACGCUGCAGCAGUUCACCCUGGUUGUCACUAACUGGCCACGUAGUUCACCCUGGUUGUCACUAACUGGCCACGCUGCAGCAGUUCACCCUGGUUGUCACUAACUGACCACGCUGCAGUAGAUCACCCUGGUUGUCACUAACUGACCACGCUGCAGUAGUUCACCCUGGUUGUCACUAACUGGCCACGCUGCAGCAGUUCACCCUGGUUGUCACUAACUGGCCACGCUGCAGCAGUUCACCCAGGUUGUCACUAACUGGCCACGCUGCAGCAGUUCACCCUGGUUGUCACUAACUGGCCACGCUGCAGCAGUUCACCCUGGUUGUCACUAACUGACCACGCUGCAGUAGAUCACCCUGGUUGUCACUAACUGGCCGCGCUGUAGUAGUUCACCCUGGUUGUCACUAACUGGCCACGCUGCAGUAGUUCACCCUGGUUGUCACUAACUGGCCACGCUGCAGUAGAUCACCCUGGUUGUCACUAACUGGCCACGCUGCAGCAGUUCACCCUGGUUGUCACUAACUGGCCGCGCUGUAGUAGUUCACCCUGGUUGUCACUAACUGGCCACGCUGCAGCAGUUCACCCUGGUUGUCACUAACUGGCCACGUAGUUCACCCUGGUUGUCACUAACUGACCACGCUGCAGUAGAUCACCCUGGUUGUCACUAACUGGCCACGUAGUUCACCCUGGUUGUCACUAACUGGCCACGCUGCAGCAGUUCACCCUGGUUGUCACUAACUGGCCACGUAGUUCACCCUGGUUGUCACUAACUGACCACGCUGCAGUAGUUCACCCUGGUUGUCACUAACUGGCCACGCUGCAGCAGUUCACCCUGGUUGUCACUAACUGGCCACGUAGUUCACCCUGGUUGUCACUAACUGGCCACGCUGCAGUAGUUCACCCUGGUUGUCACUAACUGACCACGCUGCAGUAGAUCACCCUGGUUGUCACUAACUGGCCGCGCUGUAGUAGUUCACCCUGGUUGUCACUAACUGGCCACGCUGCAGUAGUUCACCCUGGUUGUCACUAACUGACCACGCUGCAGCAGUUCACCCUGGUUGUCACUAACUGGCCGCGCUGUAGUAGUUCACCCUAGUUGUCACUAACUGGCCACGUAGUUCACCCUGGUUGUCACUAACUGGCCACGUAGUUCACCCUGGUUGUCACUAACUGACCACGCUACAAAGUGAUGGAGGGAGCGGAAAUCUAUAGUUAGAAAUCAGAAUAUUAUUUUGUAAGAUAUUAUAUCGAUACUUUGACUCCCAAGUAUCCAUUUUGUGGUGUUAGCUAGCGCUAGUCGGCUGUACCUGCGCCAAACCCCGGUAUUUUUAAUCCUAUAGGUUAUUCUUUAUAACCCCCGUUUAGUCGAUGUCUGCGCCCCGGCGCAAAUCUAAUUAAGUGUCUUUUUGUAUGGGCUGUGUCUCAAUCCACUGCAUCCACCAGUGGCGGCCGUCCGCAUCUGCGGUGGAAGGUGGCCGAGCUACAGCGGUGUCUGUCAGACACGAGACGUCCAGAAUUUAUUGUUUUUCCUCAUGAAAACGUUUGUAGCGUCCCAACUGUUUGGUCUACAAACCCCUAUGGAAAGAUGAGACUCUCACGCUGGUGUUAUCUGUUUUCAGGGUGUCUCAAAAUGUCUUAAAUUCAGUUUUCCCGAGGUCUUAAAUGUGACGGAGUGACUACAGUGGUUCCGUUAUAUUGUGCCGAUGCUUAAUCGAUGCUACGCGAGAAAAAAAUAAUAAUAAUUGAAAGUAAAAAAAAUACUCAAGUGGCAUAUGAUGUUGGGAGAGCAACCCGAGAGAGCGGCCCGGUCCCGUGCUGGAGAGGGACCCGGUCUCACCGGAGAGAAGGACUGGUUGCGCCUCUGUACAGGUCAUGUGCGUGUGCCAGCAUGACUCAGGCUGUUGCCAGAGGAGAGAGGCAAGGUAGCCUAUAGGCCUACCAUUCGAUAGAAACGGUGAGCUUUCUCUCUAAGCAUGACUAGGCCUUGGCUAUAUGGAAUGCACUUGAGUAGAGAUAUAUGUUUUGUGGAUACACAAGGUGUUUGUUGGAGGAAUGACUAUCUAGAAUGAAAAUAGACUUGUUACGGUUAGUGGCACAGCAGCUGCAUUGUUACGUAAGGAACACACAGAACUACAGUAUUAUUAAGGGAGUGUUUAGUUAGAAGGGAAUCUUGGACCCAUUGAAUCCCUGAGUGUUUGUCCUUGCUGUUCUGGGAGAAUCUCUGAUUAUUGAAAGUAUUCCCUCAGGCCUGUAGGGAUGAACAGUUCCUUUGGCUAGGCUGGGGAGCAGACUGUGACAGAGAGGAGAGGUCUGCUGUCUGUCUGGGUCCAGUGGGAGAGUGGCGACAGAGUGAGCGGGAGAUGGACAGGGAGAAAGGGAAAGAGACGGACAGGGAGAAAGGGAAGGACAGGGAGAAAGGGAAGGACAGGGAG